CACCCCCGUCUGCCCUCCUUCCAUGCCCUGUGGCUCGCUCUGGUGAUGCGCACGCGAUGUUGGAGCUUACAGAUGUUCAACCCCCGACACGCGUGCACGAUGGUGGUCUGGGCCAUCCUGCUGUCGCUAUGGCUUACCCUGGCGCACGGGAUGCGGGAUCAUCAAAUUAAAGAGCUCCGGCAAGAAACUGAGCGCAUGUUCUAUCAUGGCUUCGAGAAUUACCUUGACCACGCCUUUCCCGAAGACGAAUUGCGCCCGCUUACUUGUGGCCCCUUGACCCGCGACGACAAGAAUAAUGAGCAUAAUGAUGUCUUGGGGAAUUAUUCCUUGACCUUGAUUGACAGCUUGUCCACUCUGGCCAUCUUGUCUUCGAGUCCUGAGAGUGGUGAGAGGUCUUUUGCACGGUUUCAAAACGGUGUGAAGGAUUUUGUGAGAUUAUAUGGAGAUGGUUCGCCUGGCCCUGGUGGUCAGGGUGAGAGGGCGAGAGGGUUCGAUAUCGAUAGCAAGGUGCAGGUGUUUGAGACUGUUAUUAGAGGACUCGGCGGAUUGCUGAGCGCACACCUGUUUGCCAUUGGCGAACUUCCCAUUGCCGGAUACAAACCCUCGGAACGAGAUGCCGCCUUUGCAGGCGCAUGGGACAAAAACACAUAUUCAACGAAGGACCGUGGUAUCGACUGGGGGAAUGGAUUUUUCUACGAUGGUCAACUCCUUCGAUUGGCUGUUGAUCUGGGAGAUCGUCUCAUGCCGACAUUCUAUUCGGAGACUGGUCUGCCCUACCCCCGAGUGAACUUGCGACACGGUAUUCCUUUCUACGAGAACUCUCCUUUGAACGCGAAGACGAAAAAAUUGAAGGACGCCAAGCAAAAACCAAAGUACUCUUACUUGGCUACUGAUGAAGAAGUCACGGAGACUUGCAGUGCCGGCGCUGGUAGCUUGGUCUUGGAGUUUACUGUUCUGAGUAGACUCACUGGGAAUGGUCGGUAUGAAGAAUUGGCCAAGAGAGCGUUUUGGGCGGUCUGGAGCCAUCGAAGUGAAAUCGGCCUAAUUGGAUUCGGCAUUGAUGCGGAGAGUGGGAAAUGGGUGGGAUCGUACUCCGGGAUUGGCGCUGGAAUUGACAGCUUCUAUGAAUACGCCUUCAAGUCCCACGUUCUCCUCUCCGAGGGAGAGAGGCCACCUUUCGACCCUGAGAGUCCUUGGAGCGUGCUGGAUGAGUACUAUCUGCCGUUGACAGAUGACCAGCACUCCCCGGACUCUUUUCUUCAAGUCUGGGAAGACUCGCAUACCUCGAUCAACCGACAUUUGUAUCGAGGCGAAGGGUAUCAACACCCCCAUCUCGUCGUUGGUGACGUGAUUACUGGUGCCACGCGCGCAUUUUGGAUCGACAGUCUGAGUGCGUACUAUCCUGGUCUGCUUGCUCUGGACGGCAAGGUGGAUGAAGCUAUCCAAAUUCAUCUUUUGACUACUGCAAUUUGGGCACGCUUCUCUGCUCUUCCCGAGCGAUGGAACGUCGCUACUGGUGAUAUCGACGGUGGCCUUUCUUGGUAUGGUGGUCGGCCCGAAUUCAUUGAGUCGACCUACUAUAUCUACCGCGCCACCGAGGAUCCCUGGUAUCUGCAUGUUGGCGAGAUGGUGCUUCGCGACCUGAAGCGACGUUGCUGGACUAAAUGUGGUUGGGCGGGUUUGCGAGAUGUCCAAACCGGCGAGAUGAUCGACCGUAUGGAAAGCUUCUUCCUUGGAGAAACCGCCAAAUACAUGUUCCUCCUGUUCACUCCGGAGCAUCCACUGAACAAAAUCGAUGCUCCGUGGGUUUUUACCACUGAAGGCCAUCCCUUGAUUAUACCGAAGAAGACCACGACUCGGCCCCGCCAAAAGCAACCGUCGCCGCCUCAAAGUGACUUCGAAGGCGUUUGUCAAGCAAUCCAGAGUACAAACUUUGGUGUAUCAUCUACUGCAUCACGCUCAGAUAUUUUCCACGCCGCCAGCUUGGCCCGUUUACAUCUCCGGCCCGGUCGUGGAUAUGGCGGUCCUAUCAUGGAGAACUCCUCUGAUCACCCCAGUGUAUCGGUGUCUGAUCUGUCGUCGCCGACCAACUACACGUUCUACCCUUGGACAUUGCCGCCUCAGCUCGUUCCAUUCGAUGCCACUAGCGCGCCGAUGGCUGUCCGCCCAACCCUCGACAUCUCAUUCCCAUCUCUCCCCGGUGGAGUCAACCUGGGUCCCGGAGCAUUGGAACGAGUUCGAGACGGUAUCUUUAUCAAAACAAUAGGUGGUCUACGAUUAAGUAUGAUUCAAGACGUUCCACUUGCAGGCUCUAUCGGAGCAGAGGAUGACGGAUACCGGGUGCAAGUAGUCAACAACGUGCCUCUAGGAAAGGAUGAGAAGGUAUAUCUCUCGCGCCAGAUCACCUUUGAUGUUGUCGAUCCCUAUGACCCCAACUUUACACGAGUUCGCGACACAGCCAUGCUUGAUCUCGUCGUUGACGUUCUCGCAGAGCCCGAUCGCCGACACAAUGGCUCAGCUACUCCUGGAGCUGAACAGCCUGCAGCAGAGACUUCAGACCGUCAGGAAGAUUCAGAGCUUCACCUCGGCCGCCGCAGACCUGCUCCAUCCGUCGACGAGAGCUCCAUCGUCGACCCGCCCGACUCCACUGUGAGAAGUAUGUUGUCGAACUUGGUUAGCUCGUUUUCGUCUUUACUCCGCGACAACCCUGACGAGAAUGCUCCUGUUCGGUUGAGUCUCCCUGCUGUUCUUCCCACGGGCGUUGGAGCGGCCCCACUCCCCGACGUGGACGACUCGCUCACCCUGUCUAUGUUCAACAACCCAACCACAAGCCGUCUCACAUGGUCAUCGAUCUACUUUGCCGGCGAUCUUUGUCACGAGCGUAUUCUCCGCGAUGUCGUCCAGAACCACGAAGUCCUCGUCAUCAAACGUGGUGGUUGCACAUUUUCUCAGAAACUGCGCAACGUCGCCGCCUACCGGUCCUCGCGCUCGUCCCUUAAGUUGGUAGUCGUCGUCUCAUAUGAUGACGAAAUGCCAACUCCUGAACCAGCAGAGACUUCGGAUGAAGAUCCCGAGGCUCAAUCGAGUGAGAGUUCACCACCGACUUCUUCAUUUGCCGCCCUUCGUGCUGAACCCUAUCUGAUACGGCCCCACCUCGACGAGGCUCAAAUGACUGCUAGCGGUAUCCCGCGCAGUAACCCUGUCAGUCUGCUUAUGGUCGGUGGCGGCGAUGAAACCUAUGCACUUCUGCAAGUUGCGACUGGCAUCGGCAUCAAGAGACGGUAUUCAAUGCGCUCUCGGGGUGUCCCCAUUACAAACCUGUACAUCAUCUAA